UCAAGAAAAUUAUAGGCAGUAUUAUGAAAAACCGUGACGAAGGCGACCUUUUCUGUGACACGGAAGUACUGUCUUAUUGGCCCCUACACGUAUUUCCACCUGGCUCUAGAGUUCUUCUGAUAAUAUUAGAUUAGCAAGAAAAGCUGCACUUAGGGAAUACGCCACCAUGGCCGGUGUGGACAUGGACCCAGAGGUGGCACGGCGACUGUUUGAGGAGGGUGCUACCUUGGUGUUGCUAGGGGUCCCAGAGGGCACGGAGCUUGGCAUUGACUACAAGAGUUGGAAAGUUGGACCGCGUUUCCGGGGAAUUAAAAUGAUUCCACCAGGCCUCCACUUCCUCCACUUCUGCUCUGCAAACCUUCCCAGUUGUGGGGGAGAAACAGGCCCCAAAACCGGGGUUUUCCUCACGCUCAAACCAAGAGAAGUCUUGCUGGCCAACUGGGACCCAAAAGAGGAGGACCUGGACUUCUCUGCCUCCCAGAACCAUGAGGAAGUGAGCCGAGUCCGGGCUGGCCUGCAAGACCUGGACCCUUUCCUCGGCCCCUACCCAUACGACGUGCUGCGCAAGUGGGUAUCCCUCACUGACAGGUUGACCCAGGAGCUGGCCGUCAACCUGCAGCCCAUCUCGGGGCGCGUUUGCGCGUUCAGCGACGUCAUCCCGGAGCUCCAGUUGAAACACACGAAAGACCGGGAGGAGCAGAACCUGCCGAGGAACGACGUCGAGUGCCAGAGCAUGAAGGAGGGUCUGGAGAGACUGCCACGCAUGAAGCCGAGGGAGGGAACCGAGCUGCGCUUCUCCCACAUCCCCAGACAGACAUACCCCCCGGGGGCCCCCCCUGAACUCAUCACCAAGUGCAGCAUGGACCUCAGCUACGCCCUGGAGAGUCUGCUAGACAAGAACCACAAGGAGCAUCCCCUCAACGUGCUGGGUGAGCUUCAGUUUGCAUUUGUGUGUUUCGUCAUCGGCAAUGUGUAUGAGGGCUUUGAGCACUGGAAGAGUCUUCUGGCCCUGCUCUGCCGUUCGGAGGAGACUAUGAGGGAACGCAAGGACCUGUACCUGGGCCUCAUCGCAGUGCUCUACCACCAGCUGGGAGAGAUCCCUCCAGACUUCUUUGUGGACAUCGUGUCUCAGAACAACUUCCUCACCUCCACACUACAGGACUUCUUCCAGUUCGCCUGUGGGUCUGGGGUGGACGGCACACUGCGUAAGAGAGCAGAGAAGUUCAAGGCUCAUCUGACUAAGAAGUUUCGCUGGGACUUUGAGGCUGACCUGGAGGACUGUGCUCCUGUGGUGGUGGAUCUGCCAACCGGAGGUUCUGCCUGAGCCCAGGCCAGACUACUGAGCCCAGGCCAGACUACUGAUAACCCAGCAUCAAGGAAGCCAUGCCAGCGGGUGACUUGAGAAGGGGUCAGGGACCCCUUCUCAAGACGUAUUAUGAACAUCAAGGCCAAAGUAGUCAAGUUCUUCCACCACUUUUUGGGUUUUCUGUUUAUAGUUGAGAAACAAUGAUACUGGAAAGGACAUCGAUCAGCUCAAAGCCAACAUACAAUUUCUCACAUUUAAAUUUGAAAACAAGACUCAUUUUACAAUUCUUGUGUCUCAGUGUACAGAAGUAUUUUCAACGCCUUGCUAAUGCAUCGAUCAGUUCAUCCUGUUUUAGUCUCUGUACAUUCCUGUGAAGCUUAAUAAAUAUAUCAAUUGAGUUAUAAAAAAAAAACAUCAACAGCGUGAAAAUUACAGAGACAAUGUGGGGAUUUGAAUGUCAAAGGUGAAUAUAACAUUACCUUGAAGAUAACACUGUCCAGUGAGUUUGGAGGUGUUUUGCUGUUACGCAGUAGAUUAAAUAUUUAUGUCCUCCUCAGAAUUGAUCUUUGUGCUUCUGCAGUCAGUGCACCAGUAAAGACCCAGGCCCUCAGGCCACAUCGUAGCUCCACAGGAUAUGUCUGGCGCAUGGGUCAUGUGACUGCCGGGACUUCCUAAUUAGAUUUUGACUGACUGCUGGUCACCCAAGACAAGGUUCUUAAAUAAAAAUGUACCUGGUCUAUUACUGAAGAUAUAGAUAAUUAUAUCUAGAAUACAAAAUAUAAUUAAUCGUGUUGAAGUUG